AACAGCGAGCAGUUCGCUAAGUACAUAUACACGUCAAUGGCUACGUUCUGGAUUUAUGAUUAUGCAUGUUUACUUGAUGAAGAGUGGACAUUUUUGCUUCGAUCACAUUGGACCAAGAUGAAAGGCCUGUAUAUUGUUACACGAUUCCUCCCCUUGAUCCUUUGCGCCAUGGGUCUAUAUAGGAACCUUACCCCAUUGAACAUAGAUCCAUGCCGGGUGUUGGCCAAUGUUGAAUCAGGUCUUGACCUAGUAUUGGUCAGUUCCUCCGAAUGGUUUUUCAUCCUCAGAACAUUUGUGCUCUGGGAUCAGAAUAGAUUCUUGCUUGCCACCAUGCUGUGUUUCUCUUUCACUUUUAUUGCAACAUCCUUCGGCAUUGUCUUCGCCACUGUCAUCCCCGCAGCGUGUACGACUGGCCCGAUCCCGGGAAUUACAGGGUACAACCAGAUUUCGAUCAGUUUCUGGUAUUUGAUACCAUGUCUUCUCCUUUCUGUAUUUAAACUGGGUCUUUUGAUACUCACGCUCAUACGCGCCAUACAGGACUGGCGGACAAACGAGAGCCCUCUGUACGUUGUCCUGGUGAACCAUAACAUAUACUAUUAUGCAUGCGGUCUUUUGUUCUCGUUUACGGACAUGUUCACAUCGCUGCUCCUACACUACUCUUACCGCAGCGUAUGGUAUCAUCUUCAGAUGGUGAUUAUUGCAAUCCUCGCCACACGCAUGCACCUCCAUCUAUGGCAGGUGAACCAACAUCUACAUGACUCUGCUGGCGCCCUCGUUCCAAUGUCCGAAAUCUCAUUUGAAAAUCACACGGUGUGAUGUCGUAUCCUGCGGCUUAUUCGGUGUUGUUCGUGGAGCGAGGCUUGGACCAUACAAGAUGAUUGGUGGGGGUGGGCUUGAUAGAGUAUUGUUACGUGCUUAAUGAGUCUGUGGUGCGCAGCGUUGGACGGGUAUAUGAUAGUUCUUAGUCUUUCAAUCAAGUGCAGAGACUGAAAUUUAAAGGUGUAUUUGACCCGUC